AGGUUGGUUGGAUUACUACCUCUCCCUUUCUCUUUCGUCUCGUAGUGUAUCUUUCAUUUUUUUUUUGCAUUUCAUCCUGUUUUGAUUCACGGUGUUGUGUUGAUGAUGAUGUUGUUGUUGUUGUUGUCGUCGAUGUUCUUCAAAAGUCUCUUUUGACCAUCGCGCCUGGACCACCUCCCCCUCCCCACCCUCUCCUUCUUCCCUUCUUCCUUCUAUCUGCUCCCAACUUUCCUCUUCGUCAUCGCGCCCUCCCUCGCCCUUCCUUUUUUUUUUUUAUUAAUUAAUUAUUUGUUGUCUAAUUUUUCCAGCUUCAUCAUAUAGAUACACUGGAUUUCAUUCGCAAAUUUGAUUUGGAUGGUUUCGAUCCCUCCAACCCUCUGAAAAGUUUCGACCUUUUUGCAAGAAUAGGAAGAUGGGGAGCUGUUUUUCAACCAGCAAGGUUAGUGGCUCGAACAGCAGCAACGCCACCCCCCCCGCCACCACCGCCGCCGUGACCGUUAACCGGCAUCGGAAAGAGGCCGCCAAGCCGGCGGCGACGACGACAGAGCGGAACCGAGAUGGGCCGCAUUACAAUCAGCAGAAAGGCCAGGAGGGUAACAAGAGGGAUCCUCAGCAACAGAGGAAUUAUCAGCCGGCAAAGGCGAAGCGGCACAACGGGGCUAUUCCCGCCGGGAAAAGGACCGAUUUUGGGUACGCCAAGGAUUUCGACAAGCGGUACACGAUUGGUAAAUUGUUAGGGCACGGUCAAUUUGGAUACACCUACGUUGCCAUCGAAAAGUAUACCGGAGAUCGCGUUGCUGUCAAGAGAAUUGAGAAAAAUAAGAUGGUUCAUUCAAUAUCUGUUGAAGAUGUUAAGCGGGAGGUAAAAAUAUUGCAAGCCUUAGGUGGCCACGAGAAUGUUGUUCAGUUCUAUAAUGCAUUUGAGGAUGAUUCUUAUGUCUAUAUUGUCAUGGAGUUAUGUGAGGGUGGUGAGCUAUUGGACCGAAUUUUGGCCAAAAAAGAUAGUCGUUAUUCAGAGAAAGAUGCGGCAGUAGUGGUUAGGCAGAUGCUUAAAGUUGCAGCUGAAUGUCAUUUACAUGGUUUGGUGCACCGUGACAUGAAACCAGAGAAUUUUCUUUUCAAGUCAACCAAGGAGGACUCGCCUUUGAAAGCCACAGAUUUUGGUCUGUCAGACUUCAUACGACCAGGUAAGAAGUUCCAGGAUAUCGUUGGCAGUGCCUACUAUGUUGCUCCAGAAGUUUUGAAACGAAGGUCAGGGCCAGAAUCAGAUGUCUGGAGUAUAGGUGUAAUUACUUAUAUAUUGCUCUGUGGCAGGCGCCCCUUUUGGGACAAAACUGAGGAUGGUAUAUUCAAGGAGGUCUUAAGGAACAAGCCUGAUUUUCGUCGCAAACCAUGGCCUACCAUAAGCAGUGGUGCUAAGGAUUUUGUCAGAAAACUGCUGGUGAAGGACCCUCUUGCAAGACUUACAGCAGCUCAAGCUUUAUCACACCCAUGGGUUAGAGAAGGUGGGGAAGCCUUGGAGAUUCCUCUGGAUAUCUCAGUCCUAUCAAACAUGCGGCAAUUUGUAAAGUACAGUCGCCUAAAACAGUUUGCUCUUCAGGCAUUAGCAACCACGAUUGAUCCAGAGGAAUUGGCUGAUCUGAGAGAUCAGUUUGAUGCAAUGGAUGUGGAUAAAAAUGGUGUUAUCAGUCUUGAAGAAAUGAGACAGGCUCUUGCUAAAGAUAUUCCUUGGAAAUUGAAAGAAUCACGUGUGACGGAGAUUCUUCAAGCAAUUGACAGCAACACGGAUGGACUUGUGGAUUGGACAGAGUUCGUUGCAGCAGCCUUACACGUCCAUCAAUUAGAGGAACAUAACUUAGAAAAGUGGCAUCUUAGGUCACAAGCUGCUUUCGAGAAAUUUGACGUGGAUAGAGAUGGAUACAUAACCGCAGAGGAACUUAGAAUGCUAGCUAAUACAGCAAGCCAUUGCCUUGCAGCACACAGGCUUAAAAGGCUCGAUCGACCCACUUCUAGAAGAGGCUGACAUCGACAAAGAUGGUAAGAUCAGUCUGUCAGAAUUCCGGAGGCUUCUAAGAACAGCGAGCAUGAGUUCUUCCAGAAACAUUAAUAGCCCACGUGGACAUCCAAAAGCCCGGAAAAUAUAAACUAUAGAUCAGAAAGGUGUUCCAGUUUUCGAGAGAGAAGGGUGGUGGGGGUGAGAGAGAGAGAGAGAGAGAGAGAGAGAGAGUUUUCUGAAAAAAAAAUUCGCUUGAAGAUUGUACGCUGUUGAAAGGUCUCUUUAUCUGGUGGUGCCUCUACCACGUUUUGUUGGACCUUUCCUGAAAUUCAAGAGAUAUAAAAAACAGGGUUUGGAAUUCUGGCAGGCCCAUGGGUUGCGCCAAGAGGUGCUUGGGGAAAUGGCCUGGCUUGGGCCACCUUGCUUGUGUUAGUGUACAUCCUUUACUUACCUUUUGGAGUGGUUUUAGUCUUUUCGUUGCUACCUCGUAAAUUUGACGUGUCAUAUAAAUAAAUUUAUAAAUGCAAAAAUUGUGUGGGAGUUGUCAUAUAAAUAAA